CUCGUCUUUUCUCUAUCCGUCGUCCGUACGUUUUGCCCAUCGUGGUCACACCUGGCCACACGUGCAAAAAGUACGGAUAAUUCCUGUUAGAUGGCGCGCAUAGCGGAAAAUGUCAGCCGAUAAUUUGGGACUUACCGCGUGUCCAUGUGUUCAUGUUUCUUCUUACCAAUGUAGUUGGUAUAGUGUGUUGAUAUUUGAGGUUAAGUGUGAUAAAAAGGGACAUGCAUUUGAUAUUUGGAGAUAAAUAACUGACUUGAAAUUGUAAUGAUCUAUUUACAUUUUACUGACUAAAAGUUCUUGGAGGUAAGAGUGUUAUUAAGACGUAUAGUGUGGAGAAAAAUGACUUGUUAAUAGAGUGGUGCUGUGAGUUCUCGGUUCUAUAAAGAAGACCACUAAUUAGUACACCCAUAUCCAUCAUGCCGUCGUGUAAAGUUCAUAAUGUAAGAUUCUACAAUUUGGAACCAGUAGCCAUUCACUGUAUGUCCUAUGAGCCAAACUACAGAAAACUUGCUCUGUCUAGAGGUGACAAUCGGAUAGAAGUCUGGGACUUUAAAGAUGUCCCUCAUAUGGAAUGCUUACUGCCAAAUUUGAAAAGCAACUCUGUGGAGUCUCUUGCAUGGUGUGAUCAGCGAUUGUUCAGUACAGGACUUCAAGGAUUUGUAGUUGAAUACAACUUGCUUACUUUGUCUAUAAAGUAUCAGCAAGCUGUGACAGCAGGUCCUGCUUGGUGUCUUGCUGUGAAUAAAGAGAAAAAUUGUCUUGCGGUUGGAACUGAAGAUGGUUACAUAAAUUUAUUUGCCAUAACAGAAGAAGGAUUAAUGUACGAGAAAAUAAUGGAUAAACAAGAAGGUAAAAAGUUAGGAGAAUUGGGUAUCUGGAGUGGUCAUCAAGGUGCUCUGUUACAAAGCUUCAGGACUCAUACUGCAGAUAUUUUAAGCUUGUGUGUGUCUGAAGAACAAAAUACAAUUUAUUGUGCAGGAGUUGAUGCUGUUAUUUACAUCAUAUCUCAUGUACAGGUGAAGGCAGAUGUUUGGCGAUGGACAAAAACUUAUCAAAGAAGAAUUCAUGAACAUGAUGUUCGAGCCUUGGCAGUAUCAGGACCACGUUUAUUGUCUGGAGGAGUUGAUGGGUAUCUUGCUGUUAGCAGUGCUUACCCGAAAACAUGCUUUAAAUACCCUCCUCUCUUGCAAAAUCCUGCUAUUGUGGUGUGUCGGGAAGCACGUUGCAUACUUCUGCGAUAUUGGACUCAUCUUGAAGUAUGGAAGUUGGGGCAAAACGCAGAUGAUCCUCAUCCAGUUAAAUUGCUUGUUCUGGAAAGUGCAGGAGGAGAUCCAAUCACAUGUGCUGCCUUGAGUUCUAAUUCUAGGUGGCUGGCUUAUUCAACACCUCUAGCCACUCGCUUCUUCAGCUUUGAACACCAUGUGGAUGGUCAGGCACCUCUCCUGCAGAAAGUUGCAGGCUUGCCAGAAGAGGUAGGGCCAUCCCAUCACAUUACAUUUUCACCUGAUAGUAGUCUUGCAAUAGUUGCCACAAAUUCUGCAGAACUAAUAAUUCUAAAGCUAGGAGAGGGUGAUCCGAUGGUGUUGCACUCUUUUCAACCACUGGAGAGUAAAUUGCUGAAGGACAGAAUAUUUCUUUUGGAGGUUUCAAAUAAUGGGAAAUUUCUUGUUGCUGCUGAUCAUCUAAGCAACAUUUGUGUGUGGACCCUGGAUAAUGGAAAGUAUUUCUGCAGUCUUCCACGUUACAACAGUGCACCUACUGCUCUUGGGACCCAGCCAGAAAAUGAUACAUUAGUUAUUGCAUAUGCUGAUCAUACAGUGGUGGAGUAUAGUCUAGAGUCAAGGAAAUACACAGAAUUUUCUCAAAGAUUGACCAAAAGACGACCAAGACAGUGGUUGAACAAAGCUUUUCCAGUUAUAGGUAUCACAUUUGACCCUAGAAAUUGUGAUAUCAUCAUUCUGUAUGAUGAUGUAACAAUGCAUGUCAUUAAUAAGACUAAGGAUCUUCCAGAUUCAGAAGCUAAAAUUCCUCGUUUAGACUCAUCCCACUCAGAUAGCAUGGAUAGUUAUCCUUUUCACCCCAGAGUAAAUGAUCCUCAACAUGCGCUCCAUGUUAUAAAGAAGUACAAGCAUCUUGUUCAUCUUACAUGGCUGAUGGGUGACGAAGUAGUUGCUGUAGAAGUUAGUCCUGCUGCUCUUGAUGAACAAUUACCACCAAUACUGAAGAAGAAGCGAUUUGGAAUGUGAUGAAUUGUCUCUUGUCUGUUUGUAUAUUCACCAGAUUAUUUUCUUACAAAAACAUUCAAAUGAUCUUUUCUGUAUCUCCUUCUUUCUAUUUCUAUUACUCUAAAUUCUUCUUUCUAUUUCUCUUCUGUGUACAUGAUUGUAAAGUGUGAGAGAAAUUAAUUAUUUUUAAUUUCAAUCUAAAAGAUUUGUUCUGAGGGUGUACAUAAAAUAAUUAUUAUGAUCAGUGGUGCAACCAAGGGAGGAGGGGGAGGUCUCAUCAGGGCUUCACUCUUUCCUCAAAAGCCAAGAUCACAUAUUCACAAAUAUAGUUUUUACCAAUUUUCUAUAUCAGUGAAAGUCAUUCAAUAUUUCAAUUGAAUACGUUAUAAAUAACAAUAGAUCAAAAAAUAGAAACAAAAUUUAAGUUUUGCAUGAAGGAAAAAUUGUUUAUAAGAAAUAGUGAAGUAAGUUGGGCACUCCUCCAACAGCUGGUCCCAAGUAUAAUCCUGAUAAUGCCACUGAUUAUGAUGAAUGCAUUAUGUAAAACAAAUUGGUGCUGAAAUUUUAAAAAAAAUAGAAAUUCUUUUCAGUGUUGUAUAAUUUGUCAUUCUAUCUCCAAGUUUUAUACUGAUAAAAAAUAAACAGACUGAUUUUAAA